CGCUGCGCAGUGACGCCAAGAACAAAACACAGAGCAGACAUACAGAAAGAGGGUGUUACUUGAAAUAAACAUUACACAAUCCAGGACGAGAAGAUCGCUUACAAGAAACGUAACAACAAAACCCCCAGACUCUUGAAAUUAAAACGGACAAUAUGCACAUGUGUACGCACUGAAAUAUACCGUCUAACGCAUAAACAGCAACUGUGUAUGUUUUGCGGUCCCAAAGCAGGGUUAAACCUGGAGGAUGUGAUACAUAAACACCAGAGGUCUACCAAGCAAUUAUAAGGUUAAUUUUGAUGGUGCAACAGCAAAAGAGCAAUCGAACAUAUGUUCUCCUCUCCUGAAAAACUUGGCUGUAGAUAUCAGGAAACUGUGUCCUGUGCUUAAGAUAGGUGCUGAAUGACUCAAUGAAAAAGAAAGGGACACGUGAAGAAAGCUGGAGAUAUCAACAUGAAGUUAUAUGUGUUUCUGGUCAACAAUGGCAAUACACUGACAUUUAACACUGAACUUGCUGUCCAAACUGUUGCAGACCUUAAGAAUGCUAUCCAGUCCAGAUAUAGGAUUGCACCUCAGAACCAAGUUCUUGUUGUCAAUGGCGGGGAGUGUAUGGUUGCAGAUAGACGUGUCUGCAGUUAUAGUGCUGGCACAGAUACAAAUCCCAUUUUUCUGUUCAGUAAGGAAAUGAUUUUCUGUGAUCGCCCUCCAACAAUACCUAAAACCACAUUUUCAGUGGAAAAUGACAUGGAUGCAAAGGUUGAAGAAUCACUCUUGAUGCCAGCUGUUUUUCACACCGUUGCCUCGCGAACACAACUUGCUGUGGAAAUGUUUGAAAUUGCCAAGAAGAUUUGUUCUUACUGUGAACAACAAGUUCACGACGAACAUCUCCAGCACCAAGGCUGGGCUGCUAUAAUGGCCAAUUUAGAUGACUGUACUCUGUCUCAUCAGAAGCUGCUGUUUAAAUUUGAAACUGCCUAUAUAAGUUACCAACAGAGUAUUGAAGAUAUCAAACAAAAACUUAACAACCUAGGUACAGCUGUAUCCGUUAUGGCAAAGAUUCCACUGUUGGAGUGCUUGACCCGCCACAGCUACAGAGAGAGUUUGGAAAGAUCAAGCUCACCUGCAGAGAAGGAAGGAACAGAAGAAGAAACCGAGGAGGAGAAAUCUUCAGAUUCGGUGCUAUGCCCUGGACAACCCAGAACUAGUAAUAAAUCAUCAGCAUCAUUUUCCAUAUCGGUAGAAAAUUCACCUCAGGACAGCAUAGCACAAGAAGACCAUGAAACAACGAAGAGCAGCAGUCCAAGGGCUGAACUGCAAGAUGCGGACUGCCAGGAGAAAAGUGAUCAGCCUUUGUUCAAUGUUUCCUUGUUAGACUGGAUAAAUGUACAAGACAGACCAAAUGAUGUUGAAUCUGUUGUGAGAAAGUGCUUUGACUCCAUCAACAGACUUGAUCCAAGAAUCAUUCAACCCUUUUUGGCAGAAUGUCGAGACACUAUUUCCAAAUUGGAUAAUCAAAAUAUGAAGGCCAUUAAAGGCCUUGAAGACAGAUUAUACGCUCUAGACCAGAUGAUUGCAAGCUGUAAGAAGCUGGUAAAUGAACAGAAGGAACUUGCUCAGGGAUUUUUAGCUAAUCAGAAGAGGGCUGAAAACCUGAAGGACACCUCAGUGCUGCCUGACCUUUGUUUGAGUCAUGCAAACCAAUUGAUGAUAAUGUUGACCAAUCACAGGAAACUAUUGGACAUAAAGCAGAAAUGCACCACUGCCAAACAGGAGCUUACAAACAAUCUACAAGUGAGACUGAAGUGGUGUUGCUAUGUAAUGCUUCACGCAGAUCAGGAUGGGGAAAAGCUGCAGGCCUUACUCCGUCUCUUAACAGAACUGCUGGAGAGAGUUAGAGUCGUAGAGGCUCUCGGCACCGUCCCCCAGAUGUAUUGUUUGGCUGUUGUGGAGGUUGUAAGGCGGAAGAUUUUUAUUAAACACUACAGAGAGUGGGCCAAUGCUCUAGUAAAGGAUGGAAAACAGCUGUAUGAGGCAGAAAAACUUAAAAGGGAAACCUUUGGGAAAUUGUUCAGAAAAUCAUUUCUCAGAAAUCGUUUGUUUCGAGGACUUGACUCUUGGCCUCCUUCGUCUUUUUGUACACGCAAGCCUCGUAAGUUUGACUUUGAACUUCCUGAUAUAUCCCUAAAUGAUCUACAGUUUCUGAAGUCCUGUUGUCCUGCAGAGGUUCAGCCUUUCCUCAGGGUUCCAACACUGUGUGACUUUGAGCCUUUACAUCAGCAUGUUCAGAUUCUUCACCAACUGGUGAAAGCUGCUCAGAGUGUGGAUGAAAUGUCUCAGACCAUAACUGACUUGCUGAGUGAACAAAAGGCAUCUAACAGCCAGGCGGCUCAAAGAUCCACCACAAUACCAAGGUCUGAAAGUGCAACCGGAACUAUUUCUACCUCUUCCAAAACACCAACAUCACUUACUCUUCAGGCUCCCCUCUGUCAGCCUCUGAAUCUGCCAGCUCCAUUAGAGGAUUUAUCUCCAGACAGCAUUGAUGCCCAUACAUUUGAUUUUGAGACUAUUGGACAUCCAAACAUGGAUCCAGUUUUGAAACAAGAAUCUCUAGACUUGGACUCUUUAGCAGAGAGCCCUGAAUCAGAUUUUAUGUCUGCAGUUAACGAGUUUGUCAUUGAAGAGAACCCUGCUUCCCCCACUGCUAUCAGUGAUCCAACAAGUCCUGAAAUGAUGGUGGAAUCUCUUUAUUCAUCUGUUAUUAAUGCAAUUGAUAGCAAACGUAUUCAGGAUACAACAACAUUGGAAAAAGAGAACUCAAGAAUUGCAAUGUUAAAAGUAUGCAUAGAAAAAUAUAGAUUCGCUGCUGAAGAGUCCCAAUGUAAUUUGAGAAGCAUCAAGGAAGAUCUUUGCCAUUUCCGUGGUCUGGUUCAGAAAGAGCAACGAGAUUUCAGCUAUGCUUUAAAAUCUGUGUCAGCAGAAAUACAAAACAUCAUUGUCAGUAUUAGGUAUUCCCUCGAGGAGGACUUAAAACAACAGCAUCAGCAGGAAUUGCAACUUCUCAAAACAGAUCAUGAAAAAGAAAUUCAAAAUCUUAAAGACGUAUCAGAAGUGAACCAAAACAUCCUAAAAGACCUGAAAAAGGCUUUGCUCGGCCUUGAAGAAACCAUACAACAUAAAGAAAACGAAAUAUCUUUGUUAAAAGAGGAAAAGGACAGGUUUGUAAAAUCUGAAAGCUGUCAAAAACAAAAAUUAUGUGAUUUGGAGCAAAACAUUUUGGCACAAAAUAAUGAAAUACAGUCCCUCUUGCAGUCCAGAGAAUCACUAGCAGAUCAGUUAGAACAUCUUCACUUUGAGAUUGAACGUAGUCAACAAAAAAUGAAGCUUGAACUUGAAAGCCUGGAACAGUCUCACCUCAAGGAUCUGGCGGAAAGGCUUCAGGCAAAGCAUGGUGAGGACCUGGAAGCUUUAAAAAAUGAGCAUCAGGUAGAACGUGAUGCUUUAACUAAAGAAAACAUGGCAAAGCUGGAUGAACUACUAGAGGUCCAUAGGACAGAGUUGAGAGCACGGGAAAGUCAUCUGAAGGAACUUGAACUUAGAAUUUCUGAACUCUCAGAUGUGAGGUGUAAGUUGGAAGUUGAAAUGGCACUUAAGGAAGCGGAAACAGAAGAAAUAAAGUUACUGUAUGAAGAAAGCAAAUCUCACCAAGAGGAAACUAUAAAUUCCAGAGUUGAAAUGGAGACCAAAGCUCUGAGAAAAGAGAUUAGUGAUCUAAAACAGCAACUUCAAACUAAGAAUGAUGAAUAUGAGGUCGGAAUUGCAGAGUUGAGAACUCUAAUGAGGAUCGAAAAAGAUCACUGUAUCUCUGAGCUUGUGGACAGACAUGAAGAGGAGACCACUUUACUUCACAGUGAACUUUCAUCUGUUCGACAGAAAGCACUUGAUACUGAGAAAGCCCUUGCAGAGCAAGUACAGCAAAUCCAGAGUGAUCUGGAGAAUCAUCUUGCAGCUCACAAAAAAGAGACAGAAGAAAAUGAAAGAGCCUUUCAGGAGCAACAGCAGCAAUUAAAGACAAUAAUCUGCCAACUGCAGGCAGAAAAUGAACUUCUUUCAAACAGUCUAGCACAAGUGAAACAGACUGUUAUCCAAGGUAUGGAUAAAGAAAAAGAGGAAGCAGUUAAGGCUGCCUUAUCCGAAGCCACUAAAGAGUUUGAACAUCGCAAGGGGUUAAUUGAAGAGCAACUUUUAGAAAGAGUAAAACAGCUUGAAAAUCAGCUAAAAGAAAAAGGUUUUGGUGCACGGCAUUCUGAGGCCAUCUCUGAAAAACCAGUACUCGAUACUGAUCUCCAGGAGAGGUUACAAGAAGAGAGUGCUGCCUUACGGACACAGCUAGAAGAUCUGGAGAAGAGGAAAAAUGAAGAAUUGCAGACCCUGAAAACAUCACUCAUUGCAGAACAGCAGACAAACUUCAACACUGUUCUGACAAGAGAAAAAACGAAGAAGGAACAAAUAAUAAACGAGCUGAGUGACAAGCUUAAAAAAAUAACUGAACAACAAGAAAGGGAUAAAGAUCUCAUUGAAACUCUUUCUAAAGACCGAGCGGAAAUGCUUCAAGAAAAGAAGAAACUGGAGGAGGAGCUUAACAGGCUUCGCAGCAGUGCUCUGGUUUCCUCUGCAUUUUUUUCUGCCAACCAACCUGAUGCACAAGCUGCAGGAGCGUUUUCCACUGAAGCCCCUGCAGACUCUGAGAGGUUGGCCUCUGUUGCUGCCAUUGGAGAGGAUGGGAGAAUAGAUCCAGCAGUGGAGGCCAGCAUGAUGGCUGUUCAUGAAAACAUAACAAUGUUAUCUGAGGAAAAGCAACGGAUCCUUUUAUUAGAAAGGACUUUACACAUGAAGGAAGAAGAAAAUAAGCGUCUCAAUCAAAGACUGAUGUCUCAGAGCAUGUCUUCAGUAUCCUCUCGACAUUCAGAAAAAAUAGCUAUAAGAGAUUUUCAGGUCGGGGAUUUGGUUCUUAUUAUCUUGGAUGAAAGACAUGAUAAUUAUGUACUGUUUACUGUGGGUCCGACCCUUUACUUCCUUCACUCAGAGUCUCUAGCUGCUUUGGAUCUCAAACCAGCAUCAGGGACUCCAAGACGACCAUGGGUUCUUGGAAAAGUAAUGGAAAAAGAGUACUGUCAGGCAAAGAAGGCUCUGAACAGAUUUAAGGUUCCUCUGGGUACGAAGUUCUACAGAGUGAAAGCAGUACCCUGGAACAAGAAAGUAUAAUAUCAAGAUUUUGUCAAGAUCAUAUGCUGUUUUGAUUAUCAUUGUUUGUUUGUCUCAUCCUAUUCAUUAUGUAUCCUCUUUAUCACCAUGCACAAAGAGAAACAAUGUAAUCAUGAAUGGAGUCCUAGCUUCCAGCUACAGGAGUUUUUUUUUAACCUGGAAGAUUUAGAAAUGUGGACCAAAAUAUAUUUUUAAUUUAAUGUCAUGCCCUGUAUAUAUUGGCAUAAUAGCCAUAAUUUUGUCUGUAAAAUGAACAUAUGUAUUUGGAUGUUAUAUAUUAGUUUUCAUUAUUACCAGCAUUUGUCCUUUUGUGAAAAAUAUCAACAUACUUUCUCUGUACUGUUCUGAAAAUACUCGUUUAUCAUACCAUUUUAUGGAGGAAUGUUCAUGGCAUGCAUAUUAAUAUAAUUUAUCUUUAAUUUACUUCUCUAGAUAAAAGCUUUCAUUGUAAAUGUAGAUAAAAUACUGUUGUUCAGAACACAGUAUGAUGGCCCUCUGUUGUUGCAGAAAUUACAUUUUGAAAGACUGAAAGAAAAUUGUUAAUUACAGCAAUCUUUGAAAUGCACUUUCAGCAAAUAUGCUCUCAUGGAGUCAAAAAAAAGAAGUGAUUGUGCUGUUCAUACUAUAUAAACAGUACUAAACGUUGCCCACUAUCAUAGAUGUUGCAUAUGUAGAAAGCAUUAUUUCAUUUGGGUGAUCUUGUGUUUCAUGAUUGGAAUAAAUGUCAUUGUACAUUAACCAUAAAGUCAUUUAACAACAAAUUACUGUAUUGUAAAGGAAAUUUAGAGUUUUGAAACAAUAAAGGUUUGAACCCAAGCA